AGUUCGUGGCUGCGCGAUCGUGAGGACGGUCGGGAUUUUCGUCGUCACUUCGCUCAGAUCAGACUUCCGCGGCGUAGGUCCUCUUUCCGAAGAAGAAGAGGAAGGAGAAGAAGAGAAAGAAGAAAAGGAAUUGAGUUAGGAGAUAAGAGGAGGAGGAGGAGGAGGAGGAGGAAGAGGAGGAGGAAGAAUUGAAGACGAAUACGAACACGAAUAGAGACGAAGAAUAAAAAGAAGAAGGCAAGACAAAGACAGAAGAACGACGAGGAGAGUGCAACGACUACGAGUCUCUCUCUCUCUCUCUCUCUUUCUCUCUCUUUCUCCCCCCCCCUUUUUCUCUAUAGUGUAAUCAAGGGCGUAGAUAACGCAUUAAUAAGACGUCUAAAAUGUUCUCCGGUUUAACGAACCAAGUUUCAAAUUGGAUGGGAAAGAAAGCCGACGAAGCUCCAGAACUUCCACCGGAGGAAAAGAUUCCACCGGUCGAAGGUGGCGAACUCGUCGAGGGUGAGAAAAAAGACAGUCCCACAAAAGGCAGCAAGUUCGACAUGCUGGUUGGUGUAAAAUCUCAAAUGACUGGUUGGCUCAGUGGUGGUAUCCCAGGAUUGAGUCGUGGUGGACCGAAUGACAAUAAUACUCACGUGCCAUCAACGGAAACGAAUGAAAUUCAAAAUGUACAAAAUCCCCAAGAGAUCACGACAGAACAAACGAAGGACGACGAUGCCAGCAGUGCAACUGGAGGAGCAGAUAGUGGUCCUGGUAGUCUAGGAGGAACACCGACCGAGGACAAGGAAGGACAACAACCUUUUGGUGCUGUUUCAACGAAAGCAUUGGCAGGCGCGAAGAGCCUCGGAGGAUUUUUGUACAGCGCUGUGAAUAAGGCCGGCAAGACAGUAGUCGAGGCCAGUGUGAAAAUCAAGAAGACGGUUGAAGAAAACAGACUGAUUGCCGAACUCAAUAAAGAGCAAGAGGCUUUCAUCGCGAGUAAGCAAAAUGGAAAGGGCGAAGCAGUCGCCCCAUGGGUUGGAGCACCGAACGAGGAUGUAUUGCGCGAGGAAUGUCUAUCUCUAUCUACGGAACGUCGUAACUUCACGAGAGCACCACCACCCGACGUUGAAUUCGCUUGGGAUUUCGAAGCCGUUCAGCCUGUGGCACGAGCCACACUUGCCCUGGACCCUAAUCUCGAGAAGAUGAGAUACGAAUUGGUUCCGAAAGUCGUAUCGGAGGACGAAUUUUGGCGCAAUUAUUUCUACCGAGUGUCGUUACUACGACAGAGCCACGAGCUUAACGCGAUGGCCAACCAACAGCAAAGUGAAAACCCCAAUCAAAAUCUUAGCACCACCGAUAGCAUGGAUCAUACUCAAGUUCAAGUGACCACUGGCCAAGAAACGAGUACCACUGUGACGACGGGCAAUAACAACACGUUGGCCGAUUCACCAGGUCACGAAUUCGUUUCCGAUAGUAUGAGGGUCUCGGACACGGACCUUGAAGAGGUUCGAGAAGGCAUGAAAAAGCUGGGAAUGCAACUAUCGAAAGAAGAAGAUUGGGAAAGCGAAUUGGAAGCCGAGCUGAAGGAUUACGAGUUUGUUUCGAGUGGCCAGGAAAGGAACAUCGCAUUAAUAAACGACGUUAUCGGGGAUAAGGAAGACUGGGAGAAGCAGAUCGACGAGAUACUCAACGAUGACGAGAAGAUUUUCUCAGUAACCGGUUAAAGAGAUAAUCCUUACUAUCGCUAUAAUAUAUAAUAUAAUAUUUUUUUUGUAUUUCUUGUUUUCCUGGUUUUCUUAUUAUUAUUAUUAUUACUAUUCUUUUAUAUAAAUAUAAUGCGUGCGUGUUAUCGCGUUUGAUAAUUAUUAAAUAAACGUUGAGGUGGUAAGGAAAGAAUAAAAACGAUCGUGCGGCGACGAGAUAUCGAUCAUUUUCUAUCCGAUUGAUUUUCUCGAUCUGUUAUUCGUUUUUAAUCGAAUCGAUAAACGAUACAUUGUGAUGGUUGAAAAUAAAAAAAAAAGUCAACGCGAGACUUUUCGAUGAUCGUAUCUCGAUCGUCAAAUAUGUCAAUAAGCGUCGUCGACUUGAAACAUUGAUUAUAUUCUGUGAUUGUAAUCUCGAAGAAAAGAGAGAAUGAGAGAGAGAGAGAGAAAGAGAAAGAGAAAGAGAGAGAGAGAGAGAGACUGAAUGUGACUAUCUACAGAUUGUAAGGAUAAAACUGUAUACGUAUGUCUCCGUUGUGUGUAUGUGUGCGCGCACGUGUGCGCGUGCGUGUAUGAGAGAAAAAGAAAGAGAAUUUUUCUCCCUUAUUUCCAAUUGAUCAUAUUUUCUCUCUAAAACGACAACACAUUAAAACCCAUUGCGAUCCUCGAGCACGAUGAAGACGACGAACCGACGAAGCGUUUUUUUUCUCUUUCUUUUUACAGAUUGACGUUCUCUCUCCAGGAAAAUAUUUCGUUAAAGAAAAAAUAUAUAACCGAGAUGAAAAUAAAUCAAAAAAAAAAAAAAAGAAAAAAAAGAAGAAGAAGAAGAAGAGAAAAAAAAGUGAAAAGACGUUAAAUUAUCAAAGACAAUCUCGCGUUCGACUAACCAUUUAUAUCUAUCAUACCUCGAAAAUUAAUUGAAUUAUUUAUAAUAUCUUUUUCGAUCAAGCUUCCUUAUUAUAAUCCGAUACUUAAUAUAAUCUAUAUACUGUCAGACGAUGAGAUGGAUGAACGUAUGAAUACAAUAAUUAAACACCAGAAUUAUGUCAAUUCUUAGGAUGAUGAUGCGUCAAGAUGAAAAUGUAAUUUAAAUAUUGAACAUUAAAAAUAAUAUCGAUAUAAGGGUUCGGCAAUGAAAAAAAAAGAGAAAAAAAGAAAAAAAAGAAAAGGAAAAAAAAAAGAAAAAAAAACGAUAAAUAACAAAAAAAAAAAAAACGUUCUCUCGAUUUGUAACAUCGAUUAAGAUUUAAUGGAUAAUAAUUUGAUCGGCAUCGUUUCGUCGACGCGCAUAUGAAUGGAAAACUGUUAUCGAAAUAAGAGAAAUCAUUAUAUUCAAAUACAUUGUAUUGUGCGAA